AUGCGAUUGAAAACAUCACUAUUGAAGGAACCUAAACAUAAGGAACUAGUGAGCUGCAUUGGCUGGACCACAGCCGAUGAGUUGUACUCCUGCAGUGAAGACCACCAGAUCCUUAGGUGGAACCUUCUGACCAGCGAGACCAGUCUGGUAGUCAAAUUACCAGAGGAUCUCUAUCCUAUUGACCUGCACUGGUUUCCCAAGACUGUUGGCAGCAAGAAGCAGACGCCGGUAGAGAUUUUUGUCCUAACCAGCACUGAUGGGAAGUUUCACCUUGUGUCCAAGACUGGGCGCAUUGAUAAAAGCGUUGAGGCUCACAAAGGAGCUGUUUUAGCAGGCAGGUGGAACUAUGACGGGACUGCUCUCAUCACAGCUGGAGAAGACGGGCAGAUCAAGAACUGGUCGAAAAGCGGCAUGCUGCGCUCGACGCUAGCAAACCAAGGCUCUCCUGUGUAUUCUGUGGCUUGGGGCCCAGACUCCGAGAGGAUCCUUUAUACAUCAGGCCGACACCUUGUCAUCAAACCUCUGCAACCGAGCGCUAAAGUAAUUCAGUGGAAGGCACACGAUGGGGUCAUUCUGAAGGUGGACUGGAACUCAGUCAAUGACCUCAUACUGUCCGGAGGAGAAGACUGUAAAUAUAAGGUGUGGGACAGUUUUGGUCGCCUGCUUUACUUCUCGUUGUCGCACGAUUACCCUGUCACCUCCUUGUCCUGGGCUCCAGAUGGAGAAGUGUUUGCUGUUGGCUCCUUCAACACCCUGCGACUCUGUGACAAAACUGGGUGGUCCUAUGCUUUGGAGAAGCCCAACACGGGCAGCGUGUUUAGCCUGGCAUGGUCUGCUGAUGGCACCCAGGUGGCUGGUGCCUGCGGGAAUGGCCAUGUCAUCUUCGCCAAUGUGGUGGAGCAGCACUGGGAGUGGAACAACUUUAUGAUCACCCUUACUAAGAGGAAAACCAUGCAGGUGAGGAAUGUGAUGAACGAUGCGGUGGACGUGUUGGAGUUCAGAGAUCGAGUUAUAAAAGCCUCCCUUGCUUUUGGGUACCUCGUAGUCGCCACAUCCCUUCAAUGCUACAUCUACAACACACGGAACUGGAACACUCCCCUCAUAUUUGACCUGAAGGAGGGAACAGUCAGUCUCAUUCUGCAAGCGGAGAGACAUGCUCUUCUAGUGGACGGGGCAGGGUUGUACAUUUUCUCCUACGAGGGUCGACUCAUUUCCUCCCCGAAAUUUCCCGGUAUGAGGGCCGACAUCCUCAAUUCUCAGUGUGUCUCUCUCAGCAACGACACCAUUGCCAUUCGUGACAAGAGCGAUGAAAAAGUCAUCCUUCUCUUUGACGCCUUGACCGGCAAACCUCUCGGUGAUGGGAAGUCUUUGACUCACAAGCUGGAGGUGGUGGAAAUAGCUCUCGAUCAGUGCGGUCCGUCCACUGAAAGAAAGAUAGCGUUGAUCGACAAGAACCGCGACCUUUAUCUCACAACUGUGCGGUACCUCGGACGCGAGCCUAAAAUCUGUAAAAUCGGUAGCAUGAUUCACAGCAUGGCCUGGAACAAUACAGCAAACAUAUUGUGUGGUGUUCAAGACAAUCAGUUCACAGUUUGGUACUACCCCAGCGCUGUUUUUAUUGACAAGGAGCUCCUUCCCAAAACACUUUACACCAAGGAUGGCAGCGAGUUCAGCCAUGCACCCCACAUUCUCAGCUAUGUGGACACUAAGGUGCGAUUCCGCCAAAGAGAUGGUUCCUUGCUGUACACCAGUGUACCACCUUAUGCCGUGCUCCUACAUGAAUACAGCAGCUCAGCGCGCUGGGAGGAUGCACUUCGCCUCUGCCGCUUUGCGAAGGAACAGUCUUUAUGGGCAUGUCUGGCUGCCAUGGCGAUUGCCAACAGAGAGCUGACCACUGCGGAGAUGGCCUACGCUGCUAUUAGAGAGUUACCACGAGUGCAUUACAUUAACUUUAUCAAGCAACAGCCAUCCAAGGAGUCAUCUUUGGCCCACUUGUUGCUGUUCAGCGGGCAGGUCCAAGAGGCUGAAGCCACUCUAUUACAAGCUGGACUCAUCUACCAGGCCAUUCAAGUCAACAUUGAUUUGUUCAAUUGGGACAGGGCGCUUGAGCUGGCAGUCAAGCACAAGACCCACGUAGACACUGUGCUCGCCUAUAGGGAGAAGUUCCUGCAGACAUUUAACAGGAAGGAGACCAAUAAGAGGUUCCUGCAGUACGCUAAAGGGGUAGAGGUGGAUUGGGAAAAAAUCCAAGCCAAGAUCGAAAUGGAGUUGUCCAAAGAGAGAGAGAAAGCUGCUAACGUGUCUGUCAGGAAUGUCCUGGCCCAGCGGCGUUAA